UACGCAGUACUACGAACUUCAGUGCCACGCAGUAAUCCUGCGUCCAUCCAUUUCGCAAGCAUGGCUGACAGUAUGAGUAACAAACGUGGUUUUGAACAUUUAGACGAAUAUGAACCAAAACCAGCCAAACAUCUUCGCAGCCUUCACGAUCGCAUGACUGAGAGGCGGCUAGUAGUUGUUCUAGAGGGGGCAACGCUUGAGACUGUGAAGGUUGGGAAAACUUUCGAGCUUCUAAAUUGUGAUCAACACAAGAGCAUGAUCAUUAAAAGUGGGAGGGAUCCCGGAAAGAUUAGACCUGAUAUCACGCAUCAGUGUUUGCUGAUGCUAAUGGACAGCCCGCUAAACAGAGCAGGCCUGCUGCAAGUCUACAUCCAUACAGAGAGAAACGCCCUGGUAGAGAUUAACCCACAGACUCGCAUUCCUCGAACCUUCCCCCGCUUCUGUGGCCUCAUGGUCCAACUUCUGCACAAGUUGAGCGUGAGGGCAGCUGACGGCCCCCAGCGCCUGCUGAAGCUGAUCAGGAACCCCGUAUCGGACCACCUGCCCGCUGGAUGUCCAAGAAUCUGCACCUCCUUCUCCUCUGGGGAGGCUGUGUGCCCCAGGACCGUGGUGCCUCAGGAGGGGCCUGCUACUGUGGUUGUGGGGGCGUUUGCACACGGAGCUGUGAAUGUGGAUUACACUGAGAAGACCGUUUCCAUUAGUAACUACCCCCUCUCUGCUGCACUGACCUGUGCCAAGAUGUGCUCUGCCUUUGAGGAGGUAUGGGGUGUGUUGUGAUGCUACCAAACUGCUGCUCCAGAGGACACAGCAAAUACAUGGACUUUAAUCGAUGAGGAAGAGGUUGGCCAGAAAUACAGUACAGACUGUCUGCCUCAGCUCUUAUGUUCUGUGAGGCAAGGAUAUGUAUGAAUGGUGCAACUGACUUGUGUGAAGAAGUACUAUUUUUUUUGUUACUGGUUGGAACUGUGCUGUUUGAGCAAAUACAUUUAAUAAGACAAUGGUGAAUAUAAACAUCUUAUACUGAA